AUGGGUUGGGUCUGUCCGUCUGUCCAGGUGUCCAGAGCUCAGCCAGGGCUGGGACUGCCCUCCUGUACCAGGAUGAGCCUGGUGGCCUGGGCAGGGUGGGUGCCCAGUGAGGGGCUGCACCUGGGGGUCUUGGGCAGCAUCAGCCCCUGCUGAGGUUUGGGAGGUGUUGGCAGCACCGAGGUUGGGGUGGCUGUGGGAUGUGGGUCCCUUGGCAGGGGGUGCAGAUGGGCUCCUGAGCAGCUGCGUUGGCACCUUGCAGCCCAUGCAAAGCACUGGCACUCGCCUGGCAGUGCCCAUCUGUUACUGUGCCCUGCGUGGCAGGGAUGUGACACCCACACUUUGUCCAGCUCAAGUUCCUUGGGACCCAUGGCUGGAGGUGCUGGCACUGGGGCCAGCAGCAUGAGCUGGGCUGCCCUCCUCGGCAGCCAGGGGAUGGUUUGCAUCACAGAGGCCUUUGCUCUGUCCCUCUCUGUGUUUGUUUGCAUGCUCAGGCUCUGUCCAAAAGUCAUCCCACAGCUUGAAACCCCUUCAGACACCUCCCUGUGCCAGUUUCUGCUGGCUGCUUGGACUCGGUUUCGGGAGGGGAGUCCCCCCUGGGCACAGCCCUGCUGCUCCCUCCUGCUCAGGCACCGAGCAACGGCUCUGACCACCCACAUUCCUGCAAGGGAAUAUUUGUGCAGUUUUGUGAGGGAAGAACUGUGUUUGCAUCAAACGUGGUGUUUUGGUGGCCACGGGUUCACCAUGAAGCUCAACUAGCGGCACAAUGGCUGCGUGGGGAAAAGAUGCCCGUGGGGUUGGACACUCGCUAGCAGAGAGCUGAAGCCCCCAGCCUGUGCCCAGGAGAGCAGGAUGCGGGUCACCACGCGCAGGGUGCUGCUGCUGGUGGGCUCGGUGGCGGCCCUGAUGGUGACCCUGCACCUCGGGCAGCAGGUCCUGGAGUGCCAGCAGGUCCUGAGCGAGAGGAGGCACAGGCUGAUGAGGCCGGAGAACGAGGAGCUGGUGAUGGUGGACGCCAACCACGUGGAGUACCGCUACAGCAAGGACAUGCCCCUGAUCUUCAUCGGCGGCGUCCCCCGCAGCGGCACCACGCUGAUGAGGGCCAUGCUGGACGCCCACCCCGAGGUGCGCUGCGGGGAGGAGACCCGCAUCAUCCCCCGCGUGCUGGCCAUGCGCCAGGCCUGGUCCAAGUCCGGCCGCGAGAAGAUGCGCCUGGACGAGGCGGGGGUGACGGACCAGGUGCUGGACGCGGCCAUGCAGGCCUUCAUCCUGGAGGUGAUCGCCAAGCACGGCGAGCCCGCCAGGUACCUGUGCAACAAGGACCCCUUCACGCUCAAGUCCUCGGUGUACCUGUCCCGGCUGUUCCCCAACUCCAAGUUCCUGCUGAUGGUGCGGGACGGGCGCGCCUCGGUGCACUCCAUGAUCACGCGCAAGGUGACGAUCGCCGGCUUCGACCUGAACAGCUACCGGGACUGCCUGACCAAGUGGAACAAGGCCAUCGAGGUGAUGUAUUCCCAGUGCCUGGAGAUCGGCCGCGCCCGCUGCCUGCCCGUCUACUACGAGCAGCUGGUGCUGCACCCCGAGCAGUCCAUGCACAACAUCAUGAGGUUCCUGGACAUCUCCUGGAGCGACACGGUGCUGCACCACGAGGAGCUCAUCGGGAAGCCCGGCGGGGUGUCCCUUUCCAAGAUAGAGAGGUCGACAGACCAGGUGAUCAAGCCGGUGAACAUGGAGGCGUUGUCCAAGUGGAUCGGGCACAUCCCGGGGGAUGUGCUGCAGGACAUGGCCCACAUCGCCCCCAUGCUCGCCAGGCUGGGCUACGACCCCUACGCCAACCCCCCCAACUACGGCCAGCCCGACCCCCUGGUUGUCAACAACACGCACAGAGUUUUAAAGGGGGAUUAUAAAACACCGGCCAAUCUCAAAGGUCACCUGCAGGUGACUCAGAACACGUCAUCUUCUCAUUAAGAAAAUUAAUGAUUUCCAGAACGCUGCCAAUGGCUUGUUGUUGCCCGAGAAGGACGAGCGUGCAGUGGGCCCGUGGAAAUCUGUUCUCCAAGCAUAUUGCUUGCUCCUACUGUUGCCAAAUGACUGCGCUCCAGGAAUGUAUUUGCAUUUAUUUGCAAAGGCCAAACGUGCUCCACGGCGGGAACGUCCCCGGCCGGUCCCGGCGCUCUGUGGGGAGCGGAGCUGUGGAGAGCCGGCCUGAGGGGGACGGGAGGAGAUUCCCGGUGCCGUGGCUGGAGGACUCCGUACAUCGCGUUUGUGUCUCGUGACCUGUUCCCCGUUCCCGGUGUGGGGAACAGCCCUCCCAUCCCCGCUGUUCCGUGUCCCUGGGAUCGGGAAUAGCCACCCUGGCCCUGCUGUUCCCGGUGCCCAGGGUCAGGAACAGCCCCCUGGCCCUGCAGAGCCUUUGUGGUGCGUGUGCCCCCUCUACCCCUACCCCGACCCUGCAGAGGCUAUUGCAGAGUUAAUAUAUGCCUCCCCCCCCCCCCCCCCACCCGGUGUCGGACACCAUUAAAGUGUUGAUUUGA